AUGGGGGACUCCAGCUGUGACUCUGUUUCCAUUGACAUGGAGUCCUUCUCAUUUGCCGGCAAGGAGCAUCUCGUUAAGACUAGUUAUGGUUUGGUGUCUGUUGCUGUGGUGGGGGAUCAGGACAAGCCGGCUCUUAUAACUUAUCCUGAUUUGGGGUUAAAUUAUAUGUCAUGUUUCCAAGGAUUAUUCUACUGCCGGGAAGCAUCCUCUAUGCUGGUUCACAACUUCUGUAUUUACCAUAUCAGUCCCCCUGGCCACGAGUUGGGUGCCUUUGUAUCGAACCCUGAGGAGACACCUUUAUCUGUUGAUGAUUUAGCAGAUCAGAUUGCAGAGAUCAUUGACUAUUUUCGACUAGGAAGUGUUAUGUGCAUGGGUGUUACUGCAGGAGCUUAUGUUCUCACCCUUUUUGCUAUGAAAUAUACCAAAAGAGUUAUGGGUUUGAUACUCAUUUCCCCUCUAUGCAAAGCACCAUCAUGGACAGAAUGGUUGUGUAAUAAGGUAAUGUCAAAUUUACUCUACUUUUGUGGAAUGUGUACCUUGGUGAAGGAACUAUUGCUUGCAAGGUUCUUUAGCAAGGGAGUUAGAGGUAGUGCUGAAGUACCAGAAUCAGACAUAGUACAAGCAUGUCGAAGAUUUCUGGGUGAGAGACAAAGUUACAAUGUUUUACGGUUUCUUGAAGCUAUCAACGAGAGACCUGAUAUUUCUGAUGGCUUGAGGAAACUAAAAUGCCGGUCUUUGAUUAUAGUCGGUGAACAUUCUCCUUUCCAUUCAGAAGCUCUUCAUAUGACCUCCAAACUUGAUAGAAGAUUCAGUGCUUUGGUUGAGGUUCAAGCUUGCGGAUCAAUGGUCACAGAGGAACAACCUGAUGCAAUGUUGAUACCAAUGGAGUAUUUCUUAAUGGGAUAUGGCUUCUAUAGACCUCCUCAACUGAGUGUCAGCCCAAGAAGCCCCUUAAGUCCAACUUGCAUAUCUCCAGAGCUAUUCUCUCCAGAGAGUAUGGGUUUAAAGCUAAAGCCAAUAAAGACCAGAAUUUGCGUGGAAAUCUGA